UUUAUACUGACGGAGCCCAUCUCAGGGCCUGGCCAGUCGGAGCUGCGCAUGCGCACCGGAGCAGCGCUAAUGGCGGAGAGCGUGCGGUCGCCGUUCGAUUACCGGGAGCCCCCGACCCUCGACAGCGACGGGGAUGGAGGAAAGCCGCCGCGCGGGCGAGUGUGUGGCAGGAAGAGGAAGGGGACGCCGGUGAAGGUGUGUGAAAGAGCGGCGUAUGUGACGGAGGACGAGGAGGAGAGUCUGUCUGAACACAGUUACAGCCCAGGAGAUGAUCAGUACACCGAGGGAGCCGGAGACAGUGUUCCUCCGCCGGGCGGCCCGUACUACCUCACCGACCCGUCACAGCUCUGUGUGCCUGAGCUGGCUGAAGAGGGCGCUAGCGGCGUCCGCGGCCCUGUGCUGUUCCACCCCCCGCCCAACUGCAGGAUUAGAGAGGUGCAUUGUGGGAGUCAGGUCCGGCUCGUCGUCAUAGCCAUUCGAGACAUUGCCAAAGGCGAGGAGAUCACCGUGGACUACAGCCUGAGCGACUGGGGAGAGAAUGCCAUGGGCUUUCAUACUUCGGUGUCCCCACGUGGGUUUGAAUGUGGAUUCAACCCAGAGAGCACCAUCAAGAAGGAGGAGGAGCCGGGCUCACUGCCUCUGUCUCUCACUGUUUCUGACUACCUCACUCCGUCCUGGUCUCUGUCUCCCUCCUCCUCUCCGCUGUCUCACUCCGAGGCCAGCGACUCCGACCGAGAGGAGGAGGAGGAGGAGGAAGACGACGAUGACGACGACGACGAGGAGGACCUGGACGAUCUGCGGGGACGCAUGAUGAGACGCCGCAAGAAACGCAAAACCUCGGCGACCAUCAAGAAGAAAGCCCAGCCCCGCCCCCUGUCCUUCACAUGCCCCGCCCCUUCCUCACCGCCGUCCUUCCAGCAGCCUCUAGCCCCGCCCACCACCAACAUAAACAACAAUAUAAACAUAAACAUCGGCGCGAGCGGCACGCUCUCCCGCAGACAGCACUGUCCCUACUGCGGCCGUCACUUCCGCUCCCUCGCUAGGCACCUGGAGAAACACCACGAGCAGCAGCCCGAGGUCCGAGCCGCCAUGGAGCUGUCGCACCCCCCCAAUCAAGACGCCUCCUCGCACCCCUUCUCCUCUCCCCCUCAGCCCUCGGCCGUCCUGGGAACCACCUCCCUGUUCUCCCGCGAGCGAGACGCUUUGUCUUCGCCUCCCAAAUCGGCAGGAGUCUCUUUCUCGCUCUCGCUGUCUCCUCCCCCCGCCUCCAGCUCCUCAAAGAAGAGCUCCGCGAUGAAUGUGACGCCUAGGAAGGGCACUAGGAAGAGCCCCGGCGUCUCGCCCAACCCUCCCGCCCGGAGGGGACGGCCGCCGAAGAAGCAGAAAGAACUGCAGCUGAAGAAGCAGGAGGAGGCAGAGCGAGCGAAAGAGGAGGCGCCUGGGAAACAGGAGGAGAAUGAAGACGAGGAGGACUUCGACGCAAGGUCAGGUGUCAGAGCUUGUGUUUGGUAG